AGAGAACCAUGUCCACCACUACCACGUCCGAGUGGACGGCUUCCAAAGUCAGAUCCACCUUCUUGGACUACUUCACCAAUAAAAGAGACCACAAGUUUGUUCCUUCUUCCUCGGUUGUUCCACACAAUGAUCCAACUCUCUUAUUCGCCAAUGCUGGGAUGAACCAGUACAAGCCUAUCUUCCUAGGCACUGCAGACCCAGCCUCGGAUCUCGCUUCAUUGAAGAGAGCUGCCAACUCUCAGAAGUGUAUCAGAGCUGGUGGUAAACACAACGAUUUGGAAGACGUCGGCCGUGACUCGUAUCACCACACAUUCUUUGAGAUGUUGGGUAACUGGUCCUUUGGCGACUACUUCAAGCCAGAAGCCAUUACUUGGGCCUGGGAGCUUUUGACUGAGGUCUACGGCUUGGAUAAAGACAGAUUGUAUGUGACGUAUUUCGAAGGUGACGCCAAGCAGGGUUUGGAACCAGAUUUGGAGGCCAAGUCUUUCUGGCUUAAGGUUGGUGUCGCUGAAGACCACAUUUUGCCAGGAAACGCUAAGGACAACUUUUGGGAAAUGGGCGACCAGGGUCCUUGUGGUCCUUGUUCUGAGAUCCACUACGACCGUAUUGGAGGUAGAAACGCUGCUUCUCUCGUCAACCAGGACGACCCCAACGUCUUGGAAGUUUGGAACAUCGUCUUCAUCCAGUACAACAGAGAGGCCGACAGCUCGUUAAAGACAUUGCCAGCCAAGCACAUCGAUACCGGUAUGGGGUUUGAGCGUUUGGUGUCUGUUUUGCAGGACAAAUCUUCCAACUACGAUACCGACGUGUUUCUUCCCAUCUUUGACAAGAUCAGAGACAUCACGGGUAUCAGACCCUACGGUGGUAAAUUCGGCGCUGAAGACACCGACGGUAUUGAUACGGCCUACCGUGUCAUUGCUGAUCAUGUGAGAACAUUGACGUUUGCCAUUUGCGACGGUGGUGUUCCUAACAACGACGGUGCUGGAUAUGUUUUGAGACGUAUCUUAAGAAGAGGCUCUCGUUAUGUGCGCAAAUACAUGAACUACCCCAUUGGUUCCUUCUUCCAACAAUUGGUUGAUGUUGUCAUCGAGCAGAACAAAGAGAUUUUCCCUGAAAUCGUCCAUGGUGCCCAAGACUUGAAGGAAAUCUUGAACGAAGAAGAGUUGUCGUUUGCUAAGACUUUGGAUAGAGGUGAAAAGUUGUUUGAACAGUACGCCAUCAUCGCGUCAAAGACUCCAGAACAGACUUUGUCUGGAAAAGAUGUGUGGAGAUUGUACGACACAUACGGUUUCCCAUCGGACUUGACUCGUUUGAUGGCCGAAGAAGCCGGCUUAAAGAUCGACGAGCCUGCUUUUGAAAAGGCCCGUCUUGAAUCCAAAGAAGCUUCUAAGGCUAUAGGCAACAAAGACGGUGUGGAAUUGGUCAAGUUGGAUGUUCAUUCCUUGUCGGAAUUAGACUCCAAUGCUAACGUCAGCAAGACUGACGACUCUGCCAAGUAUGGCAGAGAAAACAUCAAGGCUACUAUCCAGGCCAUCUAUUCUAGCUCUGGAUUCGUUGAUUCUAUUGAUGACUCGUCUGUACAGUACGGAGUCUUAUUGGACAAAACUCCAUUCUACGCUGAACAGGGUGGACAGAUCUACGACACUGGUAAGUUGGUAAUCGACGGUAAAGCUGAAUUUAACGUCACCAAUGUUCAAGUCUAUGGUGGUUAUGUUCUUCACACUGGUAACAUUGUGGAAGGCUCGUUGAAUGUCAAGGAUGACGUCAUUGCAACCUAUGAUGAGUUGAGAAGAUGGCCCAUCAGAAAUAACCAUACUGGUACUCACGUGUUGAACUAUGCCUUAAGAGAAGUGUUGGGCGACUCUGUUGAUCAAAGAGGUUCCUUGGUUGCUCCAGAAAAGUUGAGAUUCGACUUUUCUCAUAAACAAGCAUUAACUCCUAAGGAGUUGGCUGCCGUUGAAUCUAUUUCCAACGAGUACAUCAAGUCGAACAAAGAGGUUUUCUACAAGGAUGUUUCGUUGAACGAAGCAAGGGAAAUCAACGGCUUGAGAGCUGUCUUUGGAGAAACGUAUCCAGAUCCAGUCAGAGUUGUUUCCAUCGGUGUUCCUGUAGAAGACUUGCUUGCUGAGCCUAAGAAGGCUGACUGGCACAAAGUUUCGAUUGAGUUCUGUGGUGGUACCCACGUAGCCAAAACGGGAGACAUCAAGGACUUGGUCGUGAUUGAAGAAUCCGGUAUCGCCAAGGGUAUCAGAAGAAUUGUGGCUGUCACAGGUCAUGAUGCUCAUGCUGUUCAGAAGAUCGCCCUGGAGUUCGAAGCUGAAUUGGACCACGCUGCUGGCUUACCAUUUGGUUCUGUCAAGGAAACCAAGGCCAAGGAGUUGGGUGUAGCCUUGAAGAAGUUGUCGAUCUCCGUUUUGGACAAGCAGAAGUUAACUGAAAAGUUCAACAAGAUCGACAAGUCCAUCAAGGACGAUUUGAAGACGAAACAGAAGGCUGAAACCAAACAGACUUUGGAUGUAGUCAAUGAAUGGUUGGAAAAGAAAGAUGCUGGGGACUACUUGGUUGCUCAUGUUCCAAUCAACGCUAACGCCAAAGCCAUCACUGAAGCCUUUAACUUGCUCAAGAAGCUGCACAAGGACAAAUCAUUGUACUUGAUCACUGGUUUAACUGACAAGGUUGCUCAUGGUUGUUACAUUGCUGACGAAGCUAUUGCCAAAGGUGUCAAUGCCAGCGACUUGGCUCAAGCUGUAUCUGCCAAGAUUGGUGGUAAGGCUGGUGGUAAAGGCAACAUCGUCCAAGGUAUGGGUGACAAACCUGAAGGCAUUAAGGAGGCUGUUAACGAAGUGACCCAAUUGUUGGCUGAGAAGUUGUAAUUGAUUGUUGUAGACUAGUAGUAGAGUUAGAGUAAACUAUUCAAGCAAGAGUAGAACUCUUCAGACAGUAGAACAAUUUAGACAAUAGUGGAACAACGUUAUAGCAAUAGCUAUAUGCUUUGAUAUAGUAUCUGUUAAUAGUAUAAUAAAUAAUGUAAAUGUA